AUGUACCUGACCGCCGUUUCCUUCGCCCCCGCAGCCGGCUUCUCGUCCUCAUCCCAGCAGCUGCUGCCCAGGUCGGCCAGGGUCGGCCGCCGCCUGGUGGUGCGGGCAGACGUCAAGGUCAUAUCGACCGGCGAGGCCUGCCGCCGCGGGCUCGCCGCCGGCAUUGACAAGCUCGCCGACGCCGUCGCCGUCACCCUCGGCCCCAAAGGGAGGAAUGUUGUUAUUGACCAAGAUGAUGUACCUAAAGUAAUUAAUGAUGGUGUCACAAUUGCCAAGGCUAUAGAGCUCCCAAAUGCGCUUGAGCAUGCAGGUGCCACGCUACUUCAAGAGAUAGCAGCCAAGACAAAUAGCGCUGUUGGUGAUGGAACUACAACGGCAAUUGUUUUGGCUCGGGAAAUCAUCAAUCUUGGGUUGUUGGCAGUUGCCACUGGUGCUAACCCAGUUGCAUUGAGAAGGGGUAUUGACAAAGCCGUUCAUGAGCUAAUUAAGAUCUUGAAGAGUAAAUGUAUCCCUGUGAGUACAAAGGAGGACAUAAAAGCUGUUGCUUCAAUAUCGUCUGGCAAUGAUGAAUAUGUUGGCAAUCUCAUUGCUGAUGCAAUGGAGAAGAUAGGUCCUGAUGGUAUAAUCAAAAUUGAGUCAUCAUCUUCAAUAUACACGACAGUUGAGGUCCAGGAAGGAAUGAAGAUAGACAAGGGAUAUGUUUCUCCAUACUUCAUCACAAAUCAAGACAAAGCAAUCGUUGAAUUUGAAAAUGCUAGAGUGCUUUUAACUGAUCAGCGUGUGAACGAAGUCCAAGAGAUACUUCCCUUGCUGGAGAAGACAACACAGUUGAGUGUCCCUUUAUUAAUUAUUGCUGAGGAUGUGUCACAUGCGGUGUCUUCAACACUGGUUCUUAACAAACUGAAUGGAUUGCUAAAUGUUGCGGUUGUUAAAUGUCCUGGUUUGGGAGAUGAAAAGAAGGCUAUUCUCCAAGAUAUUGCUAUUAUGACAGGUGCGGAUUUCUUUGCUAGUGACCUUGGCUGGGGUCUUCAUGGCAUUACAUCUGAUCAGCUUGGUAUGGCUCAGAAGAUCACAAUAACUAGUGAAUCUACAACUAUCAUAGCACAUCCUUCAAUGAGACCAGAGAUCGAGGCCAGAAUCAUGCAACUGAAAAAAGAUCUAGAGGAGACAACAAGUUCCUAUCUAAAAGAAAGGUUCUCUGCAAGAAUUGCUAAACUUUCAAGAGGUGUUGGAGUCAUCAAGGUUGGGGCGGCCACUGAAGCUGAACUCGAGGAUAGGAAACUGAGAGUGGAGGAUGCAAAGAACGCAACUUUUGCAGCCAUUAGUGAAGGCAUAACUCCUGGUGGUGGAGUGACAUAUGUUCAUUUAUCGAAGCAUAUUCCCAGUAUCAUGGACCUAGUGGAUGAUGCAGAAGAGAAGAUUGGCAUAAAUAUAGUUGGGAAGGCACUUCUUGUCCCUGCUAUGACGAUAGCUCACAAUGCCGGGGCAGACAGUCCAGCUGUUGUGGAGAAGCUUCUGGCCAGUGAGUGGCGGGUGGGUUACAACGCACUGACUGGCGAGUUUGAAGACCUUGUCGCUGCUGGUGUGGUGGAUCCAUGCAGGGUCGCAAGAUGCGUGCUCCAGAACUCUGCUUCUAUCGCAGGGCUGAUUCUUAUGACUCAAGCUAUGAUGUUUGACAAGAUAAAGAAGAAAAAGUCCCCCAUACCGGAGAUUCCUGGUAUUCCGCCGUUGCAGAUAAGCCAAAAGGCUAAGGCUUGA